GCUCCGCCUGUGCCUGAGGCUCCGCGGGUCCCUCCGCUCCGCUCUGCCGGCCCGGGGACACGGGAACACGGCGGCCCGAGUCCGGAGGUACCACAUGAGCGCCGGCUGCCGCCUCCGAGCCCUGGACGGUGUGCCAGCCGGUGUGCCCGGAGGAGGCCGAGUACCGGGGAGGCGGGGAGCGGAGACCGGCAGGAGGUGGUACAGCUAUCCUCCCCACCAGAGGGUGCCUUUACCUGCACUCUCCCCCACAAUGCAGAUGGGAACAAUUGCACGAUGGGAAAAAAGAAGGAAGGCGAUAAAAUCAGCGAAGGGGAUCUGAUUGCAGAGGUUGAGACAGACAAAGCUACAGUAGGAUUUGAAAGUUUGGAGGAGUGCUACAUGGCCAAAAUCCUAGUGGCAGAAGGGACAAAAGAUGUCCCAAUUGGUUCCAUAAUUUGCAUCACUGUUGACAGGCCUGAAUUGAUGGAUGCCUUCAAGAACUACACAUUGGACACUGUUGCUGCUACUCCUGCACCUGCUGCUCCUUCAAGCACCCCAACAGCAGCUGCCCAGGCACCACCUCCAGCAGCAGUUCAAGCCCCUGGCAGUUCCUAUCCCACACACCUGAAGAUCUUAUUACCUGCACUAUCACCGACAAUGACAAUGGGGACAGUACAGAAAUGGGAGAAGAAGGUUGGAGAGAAGCUCAGUGAAGGAGACCUGCUGGCAGAGAUUGAAACCGACAAAGCCACUAUAGGUUUCGAGGUGCAAGAAGAAGGAUAUUUGGCCAAAAUCUUGAUACCAGAAGGCACGCGGGACGUACCACUUGGAACACCUCUCUGUAUCAUUGUAGAGAAAGAGUCUGAUGUUGGAAGCUUUGCAGACUACAAAGAGACAGCUGGAGCCGUAGACAUUAAGCCUCAACCUGCUCCCUCUACUCCGCUGCAGGCGGCAAGUCUCCCACCAGUCACACCAGUGGCUGCAGCUGUUCCAUCUGCACCGCCUCCUGCACCAAGCUCUGCACCCAAAGGGAGGGUAUUUGUGAGUCCAUUGGCCAAAAAGCUGGCAUCAGAAAGAGGCAUAGAUGUAAUGCAAGUAAAAGGUACCGGACCAGAUGGCAGGAUUACAAAAAAAGAUAUUGAAUCCUUUGUGCCUCCUAAGGUUGUUCCUGCUCCAGCCCCUGCAGCUGCACAGCCCUCUCCAGCUGUAGCAGCUAUUCCUACUGGAACCUUUACAGAUAUUCCCAUUAGCAAUAUUAGGAAGGUGAUUGCACAGCGACUUAUGCAGUCCAAACAGACUAUACCUCACUACUAUCUCUCAGUUGAUGUUAACAUGGGGGAAAUUCUACACCUGCGAAAGGAGCUAAAUGAGGUUGUGAAGUCCGAAAACAUCAAGCUCUCUGUCAAUGAUUUCAUCAUUAAGGCUUCUGCAUUAUCUUGUCUGAAAAUCCCCGAAGCAAACUCCUCCUGGAUGGACACAGUUAUUCGACAAAACCAUGUGGUGGAUGUGAAUGUGGCAGUGAGCACCCCUGCAGGACUGAUAACACCCAUAGUCUUUAAUGCUCAUAUAAAGGGUCUGACAGCCAUCAACAAAGAUGUGGUGUCUUUGGCUACUCGUGCAAGAGAAGGCAAGCUAAAGCCACAUGAAUUCCAGGGUGGAACAUUUACUGUAUCUAACCUGGGAAUGUAUGGAAUCAAAAACUUUUCUGCCAUAAUUAACCCACCUCAGGCCUGUAUUCUUGCUGUGGGAGGAACAGAGAACAGACUAAUUCCAGCAGAUAAUGAGAAAGGUUUCGAUGUUGCCAACAUGAUGUCUGUCACCCUGAGCUGCGAUCACCGUGUGGUAGAUGGAGCAGUUGGUGCUCAGUGGUUGGCAGAGUUCAAAAAGUUUCUGGAAAAACCAACAACGAUGCUGCUAUAA